AUGGAGCUGUCACGGAUCCGAGCAGCGCCCCGUGCGCCACGCACAGCUAGUCGUGUCCCCAAGGCCGUCCUCGACCGCUGUGCAGCCGCCCUGUCGGAAUACCGCGCCCACAAGGCCGCGGUGGGCGCCUGGCUGCACGCGUUCCCCGCCUCCAACGGCGGCCGACGCCCCGGGCUGCUCGAUGCGCAGGCCACGGGCGACCCCGUGCUCGCGUCCCGUUUCCAGCAGUACCUGCAGGUUCGGCAGCGCCUGCUGGCAGAGCUGCCCGCGCUCAGGCGCGAGUACGAGGGAGCACUCGACGCCGACGCGCGCGAGCGGCGCCGCGGUGGCGGCGGCGCACAGCGCGCGGCUGCGGGGGCGGCGGCGGGCGUGCCGGGCGCGAAUGCGAACGCGGCCGUCGGGCGGACCCCCGCGCAGGCCGCGCAGCAGUGGUCGGCGGCAGUGCAGUACCGGCGGAGCCACCCAGCAAGGCCGCUGGGCGAACCCCAGCAGCGAGGCGCGGCGGCAGCGGCGGCGGAGGUGGCGGCAGCGCCGAUCAGCAUUGUGGGCGUCGCGGCGCCGGCUGCGCCUCGGCAGCGAUCUGCAGCUGAGGAGGCUUCAGGCGCCCCCGGCCGCGAGCUGGCGCAGCUCGCGGAAAAGGCCUCCUCUGCCUCUGCCUCUGACCCCUCGACCCGCAUGCGAUCGGCCGCGCUCGCAGCCUUGCAAUACAAGCAGCGCGCGGCCGGUGCCGGGGCGGGCGCGCGCGCCGGCGCGCCCAGCGGCGGCGGCGGCGCUGCGAGCGCGGUGCUGCAGGCGCCGGUGCCGCCGCGCCCAAAGGCGGGCGAGCCGGCCGUGAUCGCUGUCGUCGAAACGGCCAAGUUCAACCCCUUGGUCGGGCGCAAGGCGCGGCAGCUGGACGCAGACACACGGCUGGACGUGGUCAUGAGUGAUGGCGGCGCGGCGGUUGGGCCGACAGCUGCGCCGCAGCUCGCAAGCCAGUUGGUAGGAGUCGCAGCGGCGCCGGCGCACGCGCCGGCCCAGGCGCAGGCUGAGACCAACGAGACAGGCGGUGAUGGCAGCGCGCUCGCCCCUGCGGAUGCCGUUUCGCCGGCACCUGGUGCAACCAGGGCUCAGCAGGCGAAGCCACACCCGGCGCGGCCGGUGCGCGCUGCCGCAUUGAGCGGCACGGACUGUGUGCCGCCGCUGGUGAUGGCUCCUGGGGCGGUGCCCCUGCCGACUUGA